GCUAGCUACAUUAAUACUAAUCUGUGCUCUUUGAUUUCCGUAAUAUUCAAAUAUUGAGGUUAGUUUGUUUACUAACAAACGCCUAAAUUAUUUUUCUACUCGUUUUUAUAAAUAUCAGCAAUCGUGGAUACAAAUUUUGCUAAACCCGAUUUAGAUAUGAGACGGUCAGCAUUCGGUCCGGAUUCUGGCGGUAGAGUAAAGGGUCUAGUGAUAGUAAAGCCGAUAGUAUACGGUAACAAAGCCCGGUAUUUCGGUAAAAAGCGCGAAGAAGAUGGUCACACACAUGAAUGGACUGUGUACGUUAAGCCCUACGCCAAUGAGGAUAUGUCGGCUUAUAUUAAAAAAGUACACUUCAAAUUGCAUGAAAGCUACGCAAACCCAAAUAGAAUUGUCAUGAAGCAGCCGUAUGAGUUAACUGAAACUGGUUGGGGUGAAUUUGAAAUUGUCAUCAAGAUAUACUUUCACGAUAUUAAUGAAAGACCGGUGACUCUCUACCAUAUUCUUAAACUAUUCCAAUCACCGGUUAGUGAAGGCUCACAGCCAGUGGACCUUGUAAGUGAAUCAUAUGAGGAGAUUGUGUUCCAAGAACCAACGCAGCUCAUGCAAUACUUAUUAAACAGUGUGAAACCUAUCACCAAUGGACCAUGGACACAGUUGACUAAUUUUGAAGAAAAAAAAGAGAAAACACUAGACAGGAUUAUCUCAGCUCAAACGAAGGUUCGCAGUGAAAUAUCUGAACUCAAAGAGAAGCUACAACUCGCAAAGGAAACUAUAUCGAAAUUCAAAGAAGAAAUAGCCAAACUACAGAACAAUCCCACGUCCAAUAUUUUACCCGGAAUUUAAGAACAGAAUUAUAUUGUAGUUAUAUGUAACGAAGUUUUAUUGAUCAAAACAAUACAUUAAGAUUUGUGCGAAGUGAAUUUUAUUUUUUAAUUACUGUCAAUUUUGCUGCAGUCUUUUGAAAAUUCUCAUUAUUUAUAAUAUCGUAUUAUUAAUAAAGCUAAUGAUAUUAUACACUCAGUGUGGACACAAUAAAGCUCUUAUCCCGUG